UGGCUCCUCCUCAAUCGCCUUUGAGCGCGCGCUCAUGCGCUUUGUUCUGUUUCGUCUUUAUGGCUGUAUGCACUGAAACAAAAUGGCAUAUAGGGCAAUAUAACCAAAGUAUGGAACCUGUUUUAUUAAUAUUCUUUUUGCGGCGAUUGAUGGAGUUUACAAAAUAGAUGCGUAAUGGCUCGGAAAAUUCUUCUUGGAGGGACCGUUGUGUGUCUGGUUGUGCUGCGCUUGCUGUCUAUAGCUUCAGCCCAGAUCGCAUAUUCCAUUUCAGAAGAGGUGAACACGGGGACGUUUGUUGGAAAUAUCGCAAAGGAUCUUAAUUUGAAUGUUCAAGAACUGGAAUCACGCGGAUUUCAUAUCCCCGCAGUUUUAGGAAGAAAAUAUUUUGAGGUUAAUUUGAAAACUGGUGUUCUGUUCGUUAGCGAACGGAUCGACAGGGAGAACUUUUGUCCUGCCGCACCGCAAUGUGCAGUGAAUUUAGAAGCCAUUGUUAAUAAUCCGUUAAACCUGUUUCGCAUUGAGAUAAAUGUUUUAGAUAUUAAUGACAAUGCUCCAUCGUUUCGUGAUAGGUCUAAACAAUUUAACAUAUCAGAGAAUGCCUUUGUUGGAGACCGAUUUCAGUUGCCGAGAGCAUCGGAUCCUGAUGUUGGAGCGAACUCGGUAAAGAGCUAUAAGCUGAGUCCGAACGCGCACUUCUCCCUGGAUGUACAAAGCGGAGGAGAGCAGAGUGUGUCGGCUGAGUUAGUGCUGCAUAAAGCUUUAGAUCGAGAAAAACAGCCUGUGAUCCAGCUCACAUUGACUGCUGUAGAUGGAGGAAAACCUCCCAAAUCAGGUACAAUCCAGAUAGUCAUAAAUGUGCAAGAUGUGAAUGACAACGCACCCGUGUUUGGCAAAGCUCUUUACAAAGUGCGUCUUGUUGAAAAUGCAUCAGUGGGAACAUUAGUCAUAAAUCUGAGUGCCACUGAUUUAGAUGAGGGUGUAAAUAGUGAAAUUAUGUAUUCUUUAGUUCACCAAGACAGCGAUGACAAAACAAACGGCGUUUUUAAAAUUGAUUCUUCUACCGGCGUGAUUUCAGUGCAGGGCAGUGUGGAUUUUGAGCAACACAAUGCUUACGAGAUUCAUGCUCAGGCUAAAGACAAAGGGUCCAGUCCGCGAUCCGCUCACUGUAAAAUAUUAGUAGAGGUGUUAGAUAUAAACGACAACGAGCCAGAAAUAUCAUUAACGUCACAAGUGAACACAGUAAGGGAGGAUGCUAAAAAAGAAACAACGGUUGCUUUGAUAACCAUAUCGGACAAAGACUCGGGAAAGAAUGGGAAUACGCAUGGGAAAGUGGUAGGUGAUGUUCCUUUUAAAUUGCAGUCGUCAUAUAAGAAUUAUUAUUCUCUUAUAGUGGAUGGGCCAUUGGAUAGAGAGCGUGUUGAUAGAUAUAAUGUCACAAUCAUGGCGUCAGAUGAAGGGACUCCACCUCUCUCUGCCGCUCGUGUUUUUACAGUGUAUGUAUCUGAUGUUAAUGACAAUCCGCCACGUUUCCCAAAUCAGACAGGCAGUGUGGAUUUUGAGCAACACAAUGCUUACGAGAUUCAUGCUCAGGCUAAAGACAAAGGUUUACAAUCGUUUAACUAUGAGGAGAUAAAAACGUUUGAGUUUAAAGUUCAGGCCACAGACUCUGGUGUUCCUCCGCUCUGCAGUAACGUGACUGUAAAUGUUUUUAUCCUGGAUGAGAAUGACAACAGUCCCGGGAUUCUCGCGCCCUAUUCCGAGCUCGGUUCCGUUAACACAGAGAACAUUCCCUAUUCUGCUGAUGCGGGCUACUUUGUGGCCAAGAUCAGGGCUGUAGAUGCAGAUUCUGGUUACAAUGCGCUGCUGUCUUACCACAUCUCUGAACCCAAAGGAAACAAUCUGUUCCGAAUCGGAACCAGCAGCGGGGAGAUCAGGACUAAGAGGAGAAUGAGUGACAAUGACCUGAAAACUCACCCGCUGGUCAUUCUGGUUUGUGAUAACGGAGAGCCCUCACUGUCAGCGACUGUGUCUAUUGAUGUUGUGGUUGUUGAAAGCGCAGGUGACGUCAAGACUCCAUUCAGACACGCGCCGAUAAAGGAGGAGAGUUUCUCGGAUUUAAAUCUGUAUUUGCUGAUCGCCAUUGUUUCCUAUGUGUGCUUUUACAUAGUUCCAAGUCUUGUACUGAGUUCCUGA